AAAUUUUUGUUGGUUUGUCGAGAUGCAACCAAGGCCCACUAAACUCAAACAUGCCAACCAAACAGACUUUGAUUGUACCACGGCUGCCGUUCUAAUUCUUGUUCCAACAUGCUAUGAGACAGCGAAGCAGCCAAAGUUUCCAGCAUUUGAUUUGGAAGAAGUAAACACGGGAAAGAAGAAAAAUGUGCAACAAAAAUAUUAGUAUCUCCUUGUCAACUUCGAAUCAAACGGCUGAAUCAAAAAGUACAAGGAACAUAAAGUUGCCCUUUUUUUUCUUUUUGGUGUCAAACAAGUUCCAAUGGCGGAGUAAUUGAAGACAUUAACCAACAGAUAAUCAGAUAAAAACCUCCAAUAAACCAACUAGCUAGCUGUGCUCUUUCUUCUGCUCUCUUCUCAUGGCGGAAUCCCUCCAAAGGUAUGCUGUUGUCACCGGGGCGAACAAGGGGAUUGGACUGGCCAUAUGUAAGUUGUUGGCCUCUAAAGGGGUCAUGGUGGUCUUAACUGCUAGAGACGAGAAAAGGGGUCUCGUCGCUCUUGAAAAGCUGAAAGAAUCCGGUCUCUCUGGUCAUCUAGUUUUUCACCGGCUCGAUGUCGCCGACCCUGCUACCAUCACUUGUCUGGCAGACUUUGUCAAAAACAAAUUUGGGAAGCUUGAUAUCCUGGUGAAUAACGCUGGUAUAGGCGGGAGUACAAUGAACCAUGAGGCUUUAAAAGCUGCAAAAGUUUCCGGUACUGAGGCAGAUCUGGAAGCAGUUUGGAGUAAAAUCCUGAUUGAAACGUACGAGCUAGCAGAAGAAUGUUUGAAAAUAAACUACUAUGGUGCUAAAACUACGGCCGAUGCACUCAUUCCUUUACUCCAGUUAUCUGAUUCUCCGAGGAUUGUCAAUAUUUCCUCUAGCAUGGGCAAGCUACAGUACAUACCGAGCGAACAGCGCAAAGAAGCAUUAAGGGAUGCUGAUACAGGAGAGAAAAUCGACGAGUUAAUCACCGAGUUUCUAAAGAAUUUCAAGGAGGGUUCAUUAGAAAGCAAGGGUUGGCCAACCUUUCUCUCUGCCUAUACAAUCUCAAAAGUAGCUAUGAAUGCCUAUACAAGGAUUUUGGCCAAGAAGCAUCCAAAUUUCUGCAUCAACUGUGUUUGCCCUGGUUUUGUCAAAACCGAUAUAAAUAACAAUACCGGUCAUUCAACCCCCGAAGAAGGUGCAGCGAUUCCAGUCAAGUUAGCACUUUGGCCGAACGGUGGUGCCCCUUCCGGCCUCUUUUUCGUUCAGGGUGAACCUGUACCAUUUGAAUGAAACUAAAAACAAAAAAAAAACAAUAAAAUCCCAUCAAAGUGGUCGGGAACUUAGUUCACAAUUCUCUCUUCAUCAUCGAUUACAAUAACAAUGUUACAACAUGGUCCCACGGAUAGGGUAUAAUGUUUCCCGUGGGAAAGUUCAAUAUUUUAUGAGAUGCUAUAAUUGUGAGUUUCUUUGUUCAUUUCUGAUUUGGAAAGCUAAAAGAUUAGGUGAAA